AUGACGCAACUCCUCGAUCACCAUGCUACAAAAGCCCAAGGCAUAGAAGUGGAGCAAGUGGCUGAUUUCGCACGAGUGGUCACUUACUUUUCGGAGCCAUUCAUGAAAAAACUGCUAGUACCACCAAACGAUUCUAACUAUGUGGCGGAGUUGCUAAAGUUACACGAAGUUCUUUUGAAGAAGUUGGGUGCUAUGAGCUGUCAAAUUGAUCUCUUUGUGGAGCUUGCAAAGCAAAAGGAGAAUCUUGAUCAUCUGGUCUCAGAAAAGUUGCGCUUCAAUGACAUAUAUGGUGAUCAGUUGAAAAUUGCUGACCAGAUAAGAGAGCGCAUAGUAAACGAGAAACUGCGGCGCUCCAUGGUGUUGGGAUAUGAGGAGGCCAAGUAUGGAUAUAAUCCAUACAGAGUUUGCAAGAUAGUCAGUGCAAAGCGCUUCCCUCGAUCUAGUCAUCCGGGCAAUGUAGUACAGAUAUACUAUUGCGAGGUGACUGAUCCCGUUGCUUACGAAGAGUCAAUGAUGCCGCUGAGAAAAGCAACUGCUAAAAACAGACCAUUGCUGAACGAUACUGCUUGGCGUGUUGCUGAAGUGUUCGCCAAAGACAAGAUGUACGACAAGAAAUUAGAAUCACUGCGAGGAAAGGCUCCGCUGGGACCUCAGAUGCCGCGGAAAUACCCGCUGGACAGGUAAUU